CGAUGGAACAGCUCGCAGUCCCGCCAGUUGGACGCCGACCUCCGUUUGAAUCACACGCCAGCUGGUGUGUGAGGCCAAUAGUUGUUAUCCUCUUUUCCGUGUUUACUUAACUUGUUUGGACGUGGCGUUUCGUUUGACUCUUAAUAUCAACGUCAUUUAGUGUGUAGUAUCAUUAAAUCAGCACGUUCAAUUAGUUCGUUUCGAAAUUUAAUGGUGCGAUAGAUAAUUGAACUAAUGUAUUGCGAAUAAUUAUUUUAGCUUGACAAAAGGCUAAAUUGUGUUGUUUAUGGAAACAAACUCAAAAUUGGGUGUGUGCUAAGCAUUGUUAUAUCGAUCGGCUUUUUCGAGUAUUACGCAGAAGGUUUAUGUACCGCAUUGCUGCCGUGUCAGUUGUUUUCUACGUUCUUGCAUAUUUAAGAACCUUGAAUCACGCCAAUCAGUUAUAGCCCGUUGGCCCACCAGCCCGCAUUUUUCGCGUCCGUGUCAAUUGAAGUACGAAAAACGUUUUCCGAUGGCUUGGACGGAAUAAUGGCCAACAGCCCAAUGCCAUUUAUCAACAGAUUAAUUCGACUAACCCUUGUUUUUGGUUUCUUGUUCAACUCCGUGCCAGGAUGCUGGACGUUCUUGCUGACGGCAGCGUCUGAGGUGCAGCUGAUGGUAGCCUCUUCGACACCAGCUGGAACGGCCGUUUUCCGCUUUCAUGCCGUCCGCUCGCCAACGGACCAAGACGGCGAUUUGCCCGUUUUCCACUUUCUCGUUUCGCCGGCAAGCACGUCAGCGGGAUUUCUAUCCGAUGGCGAUAAGCGAUCCAUGUUUGUGCUGGACGCAUUCACGGGAAUCCUACGAGUCGCUCCCGAUGUUCUGCUCCGGGAGCGCGUCACGCGCAAUAAAGAGACUAUCCGGUUCGAUGUUGGUGUCCGUAACGCCAAUAUAUCGACGUCCCCCGACGCAGACCAAACCGACCAUUUGGGCGUGAUCCUCAUUAUCGUCGCAAAGCCGCCCGACUGCCGUCGACCUAACAAGGACUGGUGUUUCGGGCCCAAUCGGAGUGGAUCGUCAACUAUUCCGACCACUUUACGCGUAUUCGAGAACCGACCGAAAGCGACAGCCCUGACUGACUUGAGCUACCGAACGGCGAAUUUCAAACAAUUUUGCCCUGAUCUUCAAUUAUCUUAUUCACUUCAUCUAUUCAAAGGAAUUGGAAUCGAGCUUCAUAAUUCCGGACUAUUGUCUACUACUGCUCGUCUGGAUCGCGAAUUAAAGACGAAUAUUCCUUUCCAGUUGACUUGUACUAUCAAUGGGCCAUCAUCUGUGGGUUCUUCCACCUCGACGCUAUUCAGCAUCGCCCAGAACAUGACCCUAAUCAUAGAAGACGAAGACGAUAAUCCUCCAAGGCUACAGAACCCUAACGAGGAGCGAUUCAUCGACGUAUAUCUCAAGGAGCAAGGCAUCGUUCAGGAUAAAGAUUUGUUGAACAAACCAGUCAUAGUGUUGGACGAUGACAGCGACCGUAUUAAUCGAUUCCGCCUGACGUUAUUCCCACCCGAAAACGAAGCUCAUCGAUUGAUCGCCAGUUUGAUCAAACUGGAACACCCAGUGUGGUCAUUGGCACAACCGGAGACGGGCGUCCCUCGAUCGGUUAUGAGUGUCGGUUUAGUAGGAGCUGCGACUAGUCGCCAUCUGGUCCCUGCUGACGACUGUAACGUGACUGUUAUCGUUGAAGAUACCACCCUGUUGCCUGGAUACGGUGAUCAACAGGUUACCUUCUAUUUGCGAAUUCAUACUGGAUAUCCACCCAAUUCUACUGGUCUUCAACGACCGGAAUGGAUGAAACAUCCGAUUCCUGUCUCCGGCGAGGCUUCGACCGAUCCAGCGCUUGUUGCUGAAGGUGGUGGCAUUUGGACACGAUGGCUGAACGCAACUGUUGGCCGUUCGGCCUGUCGUUACACGAGGGUGGCCAAUUUAUAUCCGCACGGUUACCAACAAGACGGUCAAAGGCCAAUUAGUUUCCGGAUACUGGAAGGACUCCAUCCAUAUGAGAAUCCACCCUUUGCAAUCACAGCAGAAGAAGGCAUUCUCUAUAUCUCUCAUCCGGAGUCGUUGUCCAAGUUGCAUCAUCAAACUUCGUUCGAUUUGCGCAUCGGUUGGGAUGUCGAUCCGCUCGAUCCGUCUAGCGUCCUUCAAAACGCAUCGGCAGUCUUCCGAAUCGACAUAGUCGAUAGUAAUCAUUUGCUGGCAGACUCGUCUGAGACUGUUGAAUGCGACGGUGCUCUUUAUUGCGCGAAAUUCCGGACGGAAUCCGGAUGCAAUCAAGUCGUCGGAUCAGUGGCCACUGAUCAACGUGGGUGCGCUUGGAGACGGAGUGACAGCAACACCACAAUCAAUGGCCCCAGUAGAAUGUACCAGACCUGUUCGCCGGAUUUAUCUACCUGUCCGGAUGGCUACUGCGAUGAACUUGAAUCACUUUCAUGGGAAAUCUGCCCCCAGGAUUGCACGGAAAAAGUGUUGGGGACGCACUUCAAGUUGAACCAGGCAGCUAACGGCAAGUCGCGAGGCAUUGCUUCAGCUGCUGGGAUUUGCUCUUGUGGAGAUGCGCACUCUCGUGAUUGCUCGUGUAUGCCGCCUCCGCCGGAACCCAUUGCCGUCGACCCAAAUCUAGAGAAUCCAGACGAUUUUGAUUACGAAGAAGGAGCAAGCGUAAUCAAUAACAAAGAGGAACAGGCAACGUUGUAUCGCGAACCGAAAGGUGAUCUUGUCAAUUUCGUUCAAUUCACCGCAGGCCGAGGCUUGGACAAUACGUGUGGCACUACUUGUAGAAUCCUAAUCGGUGCAUUUGCCACUUUCGUUUUACUUGCCGUACCUGCUACGUUGUUCGUGUACUGGAGAAAAAGGAGGUGGAUGAUUUGUGGCAAGGAGAAACGCUCAGGAUCUUAUGUAGGACAGGUCCAUUCUUCCCAUCAUCAUCGUGACCUUAACAAUCUCAACAUGUCCGUUUACAUCGAAGAAAGACGCCUGAGGGAGGAACGUGAUCCUCCGAAUCUGUCGUUCCUACCUUUCGGGAUAUCCGCAACGGAUCACAAGUGGGAAAUCCCACGCAAAUGGUUAAUUAUUGACAAGACACCUUUGGGCGAAGGUGAAUUCGGUCAAGUGAUGCGCGCCACAGUAACGUCGGUCACCGGAAUAGGCGGGCAUCGGAUAGUAGCGGCCAAAAUGGCCAAAACGGGCGUUAUGAUUGGUCGAGGAGAUGUCGGCGAGACGAUUUCCCCGGAGCUGGCUGAUCUCUUGUCAGAGUUCCAUUUACUGAAAGAUGUCAGCCAUCCGAAUGUCAUCAAAUUAUUGGGCGCUUGUACGGACGUCUCUGGGCCUUUCCUCCUCAUCCUUGAGUACUGCGAGCACGGAUCUCUUCGCAAUUAUCUGCGACGUAGUCGACUUAUUCUUCCUGAGCAACAGCAACAGAAUCCGUUGUCCGUGAUGGUAACACCGGCCGUCACUCCGCGCGAUCUCCUCUCAUUUGCCUGGCAAAUCAGUCAGGCCGGCGCUUAUCUCUGCGAAAUGAAGUUGGUUCAUCGAGAUUUGGCGGCCAGGAACGUGUUAGUAGCAGCCGGAAAAGUUUGCAAAGUGUCUGAUUUUGGUCUUACGCGUGAUGUUUACGAAGGCGACACAUACUUCAAAACCAGCAAAGGACGAGUUCCAAUCAAGUGGAUGGCAUUAGAAUCGUUAUCGGAUCAUGUUUACACCUCAAAGUCGGAUGUGUGGAGCUUCGGCGUGCUACUCUGGGAACUGGCCACUUUGGGCGCUAAUCCUUACCCGGGAGUGACACCGGAGAGACUUUACCGGCUUCUGAAAACCGGUUACAGAAUGGAGAAACCCGAUAAUUGCUCCGAGGAAUUGUAUGACCUAAUGAUGAAGUGCUGGCGGGAAGACCCGCAGGAGCGUCCGCAAUUCGCCGAACUGGUGAAAACCGUCGAAGACAUGCUUGGCGUCGGUAUGGACUUUGAUCUCGGCUGCCUUGCCGGUGUAUCCAACCGCGAAUACUUUUUGAAUAGCGACAGCCACGACUCAUUUCCUAAAGGCCUACAACAAUUGAGAUGGGACGAUGAUGAUGACGAAUUACCGAUAUCGAGUCCCGAAACGAGUCGGGAGGAUCAGUCUAGUUUCUAUCUGAAUAUGUCGUCUAGCAAGACCGACGACGGGGAAACCAUUCCACUAGUCAACGAUGAAACGCCGCAUCAGCAUCUGAUUGAGAAUUCCUUCCCGUUAUUCAAACCGGUUCCGGAUGCUGUAGUACAGGACGAAUAUCUCUUGCCUAUCGUGCGAGUUUGAAAAAACUCGAAUAAUUAAUAAGAUUAAAAAAAAAAGCAAACAGAAGCGUUUCGCGCUGUGGAAAAACAAAGAUGAAUCCAAAACGAUGGAAUCAUCCAUCAGGAUUUUCGUGCGAUUUCAUUCCGCGCGUCCGCUGACCCCAGCAUCGCCAUUUUUGGCCAGUCAACUCAUCUAGUCACACACACACACGCGUGCACACACUUACGAAAUACCAAAAGUUAUUCUAUUUUUGUUUUGUUUUCUCUUUUAUUUUUUUCUUUAAAGCAACCCAGAAAAUACCUACCGUAUAUAUAAUAUAAUAUCGUACCUAUAAAACCUAGAUAAUCAUACAUAUAUAUUUGUGCCCAGGCCAGCGACACGUGUCUUCUGUGCCGAACUUGUAUAAUUUCAAAUGUGAUUCACCUGGUAUUCUUUCAAUACAGCGCGUUUUUAUGUUA